GGUGCGCCCGAGUGCGAGAACCCCGACCGGUCUCAAAGCUACCGUGAGUGUCGGGUGCGAAGCAUCCGGCAUCUCGGAAUUAAGUAAUCUCCGGCACCGGGUGCAAGAUUUCCCGGAGUUCAAAAGACGAGAAGCAGGCCAGGAAGUGAUAGCUGCGCUCCGAGCAGUGAGAAACGAGCAUCUAGAGUUCCGAUGAUACAUGAGCAGUGACGUCACGCCGCGACAAAUAUCGUUUCUCUUCCGACUGAUACGUACUAUUUCCGGAUACUUAAUGUGCAAGGCUGCACCGGCACUCGAGCACUUAAUCGCCUGUUGACCCCAAUUUUUUUCCCCGUUCCCCAUUCUCUUCUACCCAAUCCAUCAAUUAUCAAGGGUGCUUCGUUCAGCCAUUCCAAACAUGCCCGCUCCAGCUACGCCUGCAUACGCCACUCUCUCAGCGGUGUUCCCGUCGACACCAUUCUCCGCCGCGGUUCCCCAGAAAAAGGCACCGCCGGCUCAGCCCUCGGUUGUAUCGUUAUACCCAUACGCAUCCACCACAGACGAAGCUAAGAAGCUAGGGAAGGAAACCCAGGCAGAGCUCCGACAUGCUUCGGAAGUAGCACAAAGAGAGGUGGGGAAGAUAGACAUGUAUUCCCCAAAGUUCUAUGCUGCCUGCACCAUAGGUGGAAUCCUAGCUUGCGUAUACCUCCCCGCCCCCCCCUCCUUCCAUCAACCAGCACCGCAAGCAGAGCUAAGAUACCCCAGGGCCUGACACACACCGCUGUCACCCCCCUCGACCUGGUGAAAUGCCGCCGACAGGUAGACUCGAAGCUCUACCGCUCAAACAUCCAAGCCUGGCGCACAAUCUCGAGUGCUGAGGGCAUCCGCGGCAUUUUCACGGGUUGGUCACCCACCUUUUUUGGCUACUGCGCUCAGGGAGGCCUGAAGUACGGUGGUUACGAAUUCUUCAAGAAAUUCUACUCGGACCUUGCGGGACCGGAGCAGGCGGCGAAGUAUAAAACGGCUAUAUAUCUAGCAGGAUCGGCGAGUGCCGAGUUCAUUGCCGAUAUCGCGCUGUGCCCGCUCGAGUCCGUCAAGGUUCGAAUGCAGACCACGAUUCCGCCGGAGUUUAAGGGCACCACCGAGGGACUGAGGAGUGUCGUUGCGAAGGAGGGCUUCGGGGGGCUGUAUAAGGGGCUGUACCCCCUGUGGGGGAGGCAGAUUCCUUGUGAGAUUCUUUUCAUCCCGGGGGCGGGGGUAGGUCCGGAUGCUGACCGUACAAUAGAUACCAUGAUGAAGUUCGCGUCCUUCGAGACUGUGGUGGAAAUGAUUUAUAAUUACCUUCCCAAGAAUAAAGAUCAGUACGGAAAGGGAGUUCAGACGACGGUGUCGUUUGCGGGAGGUUACAUCGCUGGUAUCCUCUGCGCAAUUGUGAUCACCUCCCAUCCCUCCUCUACUCCAUUAGUCAUAUACUUUAGCCAUACACUAACCCCACAAAGGUCUCCCAUCCCGCUGACGUAAUGGUCUCAAAACUCAACGCAAAUCGCCAGUCCGGCGAGGCUUUCGGUGCUGUUAUGAAGAGAAUCUAUGGAGAGAUCGGAUUCGCAGGGCUCUGGAACGGCUUGCCGGUCAGAAUCGUUAUGAUCGGCACUCUGACUGGCCUACAAUGGCUAUUGUACGACAGUUUCAAGCUGUUUGUUGGGUUACCGACCACCGGCGGCCCAGUGCCCGAGAAGGUAAAAUGACAGGUAGUUCAAGAGCUGGUGUAAUGCGAAUGGACAGUUUGAAAGUGUUUAUAGAUGAUCAAUAGCACAAAGUCCCAUCAUCAUCCCAACCCCCGAUGAGAAUCAAAAUAUCUCACGCACCAUCACUCGCAAUAUCGAAUUAUUGCGGAUAGCAAGCAGCUUAGCGAACAGCAUGAUCAGCGCAGGGAAUUUAACAAACCAUGCACCCAUUCUUCGCAAUUCACAC